UUUAUUAAUCAGUGCACUUUGUAAAGUAGUGUUAAAAUUUAAUCUAAUUUUCAAAAUUAAAGUGAGUGCAGUGUUCUCUAAAAUCGUGUGAAAUAAUUAUUUAAAAAUAAGUGCAAUUUAAAUUAGUUUUUUAUAAUAUAGUGUAAAUCAAUGUGUGACCCACUGCUAAUUAGCGAACAAAUGUUUGCAGCCUUAACAUCUGAGAUUGGAACUUGUGCUCUAAUAAUAAUUGACCAAGGACAAAAGAAUUCCUACAAGACAUUUUUCGAACGGAUGGUGUACAAGUUUUUCAACAGUGCAAGGAUGUCUGAUACGGUCAAAUAUGCCGGACUGGUCGCCGAUCUUUUGCCCAAUGCCAGGCUUAUGCAAUUUGCUGGAUUAUUCCUGUUUCGAUAUAGUAAUCAAAGUACAGUUCAACUUAGAAGAGCAUAUGCUUUAGUACAUCUGUUUUUAUUGAUCAUGCAAUAUGGAUCGUUAUUUGCAAAUUUGGCAACACAUACCGGGGAUGUCGCAGAACUGACGGCUAAUACUAUCACCGUACUGUUUUUCUUACAUCCGAUCACGAAAAAUAUUUAUUUUGCAGUCAAUAGUGCUAGUUUUUACAGAACAUGGGGCAUAUGGAACCAAUCAAACAGUCACCCAUUAUUUGCAGAGUCAAAUGCAAGGUAUCAUUCAAUUGCGUUAGCAAAAAUGCGACGACUUUUAGUUGCAGUUGUCAUAACAUCACUGCUUUCUGUUGCUGCUUGGACAACACUUACUUUCUUCGGUGAUAGUACUCGUACAGUGAUGGACAUGGAAACAAAUGAAACUAUGACAGAACCUGUUCCACGAUUAAUGUUGAGAGCCUGGUAUCCUUGGCCUUCAAUGAGUGGACCAAUGUACAUGAUUAGCUUUGGAUUACAGUUAUAUUACCUCACAUUUUCGCUCCUGCAAAGUAAUUUACUAGACGUACUAUUUUGUUCCUGGUUGAUAUUUGCUUGUGAGCAAUUGCAACAUCUGAAAGGAAUCAUGAGGCCUUUGAUGGAGCUGUCAUCUGUCCUGGACACUUAUAGACCAGAUUCUGCUGCAUUGUUCAGGACUACUAGUGCAAAUAGUCAAACUGAAUUGAUACCAAAUGAUGAUAACGACGUAAAAGAUAUUGAUGCAGCUGCAAUAUACAAUUCGAAGGCAGAUUGGGGGGCACAUUAUAGAGGUCCUUCAGUUUUACAAAAUUUCAAUCAAGGUGCAAAUAAUCCAAAUGGCUUAACCAAAAAACAAGAAAUGAUGGUACGAUCAGCUAUCAAAUACUGGGUUGAAAGGCAUAAGCAUGUUGUCAGAUUGGUGGCAGGAAUUGGUGACACCUAUGGUGGAGCCUUACUUUUGCACAUGUUGACAUCUACGAUCACAUUGACCCUUUUGGCAUAUCAAGCAACCAAAAUUGACAGAUUAAACGUUUUUGCUUUUGGCGUCAUUGGAUAUUUGGUCUAUUCUCUUGCACAAGUGUUUUUGUUCUGCGUUUUUGGAAAUAGAUUGAUUGAAGAGAGUUCUUCCGUCAUGGAAGCCGCAUACUCCUGCCACUGGUACGAUGGUUCCGAAGAAGCAAAGACGUUCGUGCAAAUUGUCUGUCAGCAAUGCCAGAAGGCGAUGACUAUAUCAGGCGCAAAAUUCUUCACGGUUUCCCUUGAUUUGUUUGCAUCGGUUCUGGGAGCCGUCGUAACCUACUUCAUGGUGUUGGUGCAAUUGAAAUAGAAAACUUUGCAAAAAAA